CAAGAAAUCAAAAUUAUGAAUUUAUAAAAAAAAAAAUCUUAUUAUUUCUUACAUCUCUCUCUGCUAUAUAACACAAAUGACGUCGCUGGCUGAUUGAAUGAGUGGUCGCUUCUUCUCAGCUGAUCUUCUCAAGAAUUCUUCUUGAGGCAGAGAAGACGGAAGGGGAGGAGCAGAGAAGAGUAGGAGGAGGAGAAGAUCAGAGGAAGAGAGGAGGAUGGGUUCAAAUACAACAGAGCCGCUGUUGCAGUAUGAGAGUAGUUACGGUAAGAAAAAAGGAUGGAGAAAGGUGUUGGACGCGGAGGAGGCCAAGAAGCAGAUUACGUUCUCCGUCCCCAUGAUCCUUUCCAACGUUUCAUACUACUGCAUCACCCUCAUCUCCGUCAUGUUCGCCGGUCACCUCGGUGACGUCGAACUCGCCGGCUCCACCCUCGCUAACUCCUGGGCCACCGUCACCGGUUUAGCUCUCAUGACUGGUCUAAGUGGGGCUCUUGAAACUCUCUGUGGACAAGGAUACGGCGCCAAGUUAUACAGAAUGCUAGGAAUUUAUCUACAGUCUUCGAUCAUCACCUCUUUCCUCUUCUCUGUCUUGGUAUCCGUCGUCUGGUUUUAUUCAGACCAGAUACUGAUUCUGCUUCAUCAAGAGCCUGAGGUAGCAAAAAUGGCUGGUCUCUAUCUGAAGCAUUUGAUCCCGGGUCUGUUUGCGUACGGCUUCCUGCAAUGCACCCUCAGAUUUCUGCAGACACAGUCAGUGGUGAUGCCUCUUGUUGUGUGCUCAAUGGUCCCACUGCUCAUCCAAUUCGGCCUCUCCUAUGCACUGGUUCACCUCACACCUCUGGGUUUCAAGGGAGCGGCAUUAUCGGCCUCCAUAUCGCUCUGGAUAUCGUUUGCUAUGCUGGCUUUCUAUGUCAACCAUGCCGACAGAUUCAAGCAUACUUGGGAAGGCCUUUCAAUGGAAUCCUUCCGCUACGUACUUCCAGGCAUGAAGUUGGCGAUUCCCUCUGCAUUCAUGGUGUGUUUGGAGUACUGGGCUUUUGAGCUUCUGGUGUUGCUGGCGGGAUUGAUGCCCAACUCAGAGAAUAGUACAUCCUUGAUAGCCAUGUGCGUGAACACAGAAGCUGUCUCGUUCAUGAUUACUUAUGGUUUCAGUGCGGCAGUAAGCACAAGGGUGUCAAAUGAAUUGGGAGCAUCAAAUGCAGAUAGAGCAAAGAAUGCCGUGGCAGUUACGCUUAAGCUUUCUGUCAUUCUAGCUCUUACAGUUAUCAUAGCGCUACUCUUUGGUCACAACAUCUGGGCUGGUUUCUUCAGUGAUAGUCCUGGAAUUAAGAAAGAAUUUGCUUCUAUGACUCCCUUGCUUGCCAUCUCCAUAUUGUUUGAUUCAGCACAGGGUGUAUUAUCAGGGGUAUCCAGAGGUUGUGGGUGGCAGCACUUGGCUGCAUGGACAAACUUGGGAGCCUUCUACAUUAUUGGCAUGCCUAUAGCCAUCCUCCUGGGCUUUAAGUUUAAGCUCUAUGCCAAGGGAUUGUGGAUUGGUCUGAUAUCUGGCCUCUUCUGCCAAGCCUGCACCCUCUUAGUAAUUACAGUGCGCACCAAAUGGACCAACAUGACACUCAGUGUGAAUGAACAUAAAGAACAUCAAGUUCUGGUGUAACAACAUUUUUGACAACGGGGAGUUGCAAUUUGCAAACAAACAAGGCGUAAUUGCUUGAUUACAAGUUUGGGUUUACGCUGCAGCAAAUAGAUUCACAUCUACAGAGAAGCUAGAGCAUGAGAUGAGAUCUUUUCAGCUCUCAGCUGCCGCUGGUUUCUCUCAUUACAAUAAAGUUUUAAUCCUUGAUGCAUAUCGAGUAAAUAUAAGUUUCUAGGCAAUCAGGGAGGACUGUAAAUAACAAGAAUAUUUCGGCCUUUUCCUUUUCUUUUGCGGUUCAAAUUUAUUUGGAGUGAAAACGUUGGGAUAACUGGAUGACUUUUUUUAAUUAUCUGAUUUGAGCAUCAUUCAUGCA